AUGAUUCGAGCGUUGACUUCUAGACGAUGGUCGUUACGUCGGGAAACCGAGAGUGCGAGCCGCACGUGCGGGGCGGAGGGCGCGACCGAGCAAGAGACGGCGCCGCCCGCCGCAGUCGACCUGCCUCGGACUAGGGAUGGAGAAAUUGAUUAUGACGCAUUAUACGAAGACGAUUCGGACAGCGACCUCGGGUCCAUGGAGAACCAUGGCUCCGUGGUCACGCAUCUCCUAUCACAAGUCAAAAUCGGAAUGGAUCUCACUAAGGUAGUGCUCCCUACGUUCAUCUUGGAAAGGCGAUCACUUCUUGAGAUGUACGCGGACUCCUUCGCCCAUCCCGACCAAUUUGUUAAGAUAGUAGACAUGCAAAGCCCCCGCGACAGAAUGGUGCAAGUAGUACGAUGGUACCUCAGUUCCUACCACGCGGGACGCAAGUCACAAGUGGCAAAGAAACCAUACAACCCGAUACUGGGCGAGAUAUUCAGAUGCCACUGGGAUAUAGAGGGGGAAUCCCCGGAGAAUAAUCCUAAGCAAGAAGUAGGCGAUGGGCCAGUACCGUGGUGCUCACCAGACCAGCUCUCCUUCGUAGCGGAGCAAGUGUCCCAUCAUCCUCCCAUCUCGGCCUUCUACGCCGAACACGUGAACAAACGUAUCCAAUUCGAAGCCUACGUGUGGACGAAAAGCAAGUUUCUAGGUCUUUCCAUAGGUGUCCACAACAUUGGCAAAGGAACGGUCACGUUGUUAGAUCUCGGAGAAGAAUACACGUUGACUUUCCCAAACGGAUAUGGCAGAUCAAUAUUGACAGUGCCAUGGAUAGAACUCGGCGGUUCAGUUGUCAUAGAAUGCGUACAGACGGGACAUAAGGCUAAUGUGGAGUUUCUAACGAAACCUUUCUAUGGCGGCAAGAAACAUCGCGUUACUUGCGAAAUAUUUGCCGGAGCAGAUAAAAAGCCGUAUUACAGUGCUCAAGGGGAAUGGAACACUAGGAUGGAGGGAAGAUGGACGGAGACGGGGCGCACCGAAGUCCUGUUCGACGUGACGCACAUGAGGCCGCGGCGCAAGCGCGUGGCGCCGGUGUCGCGGCAGGCGGGCGGCGAGUCACGCCGCGUGUGGCGCCACGUGACCGCCGCGCUGCGCGCCGCCGACACCGACGCCGCCACCGCCGCCAAGCGCCGCCUCGAGCAGGCGCAGCGCGACGCCGCCAAGAGGCGGCUGGACACCGGCGAGAAGUGGCUCACGCAGCUAUUCAGCCCGAAAGGCGAAGAGGGAUGGGAAUACAACGAGCCUUUACGAAAACGCGCCGAAUCUAAAUCGCCAGAACAUAAAGCACCUGAAAACGAGGCCAGA